GUUAAUUGAUUAAUUACAUUCUGUUCGUUAGGCCCCUCCCCAUGUCCAUCUUUGCCCCGCCUUUCUGGCUGCAGUUAUCAGACAAGUCAGAGGAGGAGUCACCACGGGGAUAUUGAGAAGCUUGUCUGUCUGUCGUGCUGCGGGUUUGGACAGACCAGUGGACACUGAGUGGAACAGGAGCAUCUGAUCUGUGCAGCCGGAGUCCUCUUUCCGUAUUUCUAAUACCGUACUAACAUUACCCCUUUUAAUAUUCUGAUCCAAUAAAAAUCACAAGGCUCUUUAUCAUAUUAAUUAUCAGAUUAAUAUUUACUAAUUGUUUUUAUUAAAGCUACUUCUAUCCAAGCCAAAUGGAAGCGCCUGGCUCAGCCACCCAAUUCUCUUCCCCAGCUCCGUCUUACACGUUUUUGUUUCUCUCUAACCUGUCCACUCCUUCUUCUUCUCCCUCAGUUUAUCCAUCCCCGAGUAUAGCCUCCACAGCUCUUUUUUGUUUCUUUCUAUCUCUGCUUUCCCUUCUGGGCAUUCUGGGAAACCUCUACACUCUGGGGCUUCUAAUUCAGCGCCGCAGGGGCCCCAGAAGGAGACACAGUAUGGCACUAACCUGCUGUUUGACUCCCGUUUGCCCUAGAACCUUUUCCCCAUCUCACUCUCCUACUUCAUCCCCUACCUCGUCCUCCUUUUCUUCUUCACUUCAUUUGCAGGUACUGAGUCUGGCUUUGGCAGAUCUGCUUUACCUCUCCACGGCACCUUUUAUCGUCUAUGACAGCCUGGCAUCUGACUGGGCCUUUGGUGAACUCGGCUGCCGCCUCUUACUCAGCUUGGACCUGCUCACCAUGCAUGCCAGCAUCUUCACAUUGACUGCAAUGAGUCUGGACCGAUACCGUGCUGUGGCAGAUCCACUUGCAGCCUCUUCAGCUCCUACCUCUGGCCUGCGACGUGUGGUUCUGGCAUGGGGCCUUGCUGUUGCACUCAGCCUCCCCAUGAUGAUCACUUUGCACCUGGAGGAUGGAGAAAAUCAGGAUGGCAAACUCUGUGUUCCAGCAUGGGAUGAGCAAAGCUCCAAAGCUUACCUCAGUGUACUAUUCUGCACCAGUAUCCUAGGGCCAGGCCUGGCCAUCGGGGGUCUGUAUGCAGCACUGGGGCGUCACUAUUGGGUUUCACAGACACAGUUGGCCUGGGCUGGUGGAUGUAGUGCCAAUCCACCCCGUGCUCCUCGACCCAAAGUCCUGCUUCUCAUUCUUGGAAUUGUGCUUACAUUCUGGGCAUGUUUUCUGCCAUUCUGGAUCUGGCAGUUGCUACCACUCUAUCGACCUGACAUUCUACGUGUAGUACCAGUAGGCACACAGGUCACUGUUAACCGAAUCCUAACAGGACUAACAUAUGGGAACUCAUGUGUAAAUCCAUUUUUUUACACAUUACUGACAGGAAAGCGACAGCGUACCAGCAGGCAAGCAACAAGCACAGCUACUCCAUUCUUCCAAAAGGGAAGCUCUGUUCAUCAGUGAAAGUCAUUUUUACCUGCCCAUAAAUAAGUGCACUUUUCACAAUUUUUACAUUACUCCUACAGUACUUAAAUGAAUAAGAUUUAUGAAAAUAAUUAUUAUUAUGGUACUAGUGCAUUUCAGCUGCACGAGUAUUGCUAUAGUCAAAUAUAAAGUAUUAAUAAAACUUCACUUAUGAUGGUCAUUGAAAUUUAGGAUGCAAGGUUUUAGUAGAAAUUACUAGAAUGUAUGAUUAUGAACAUUUUGUCUACCAAAAUUCGUGUGUAGUAUUUUACUCAUUGGAGGCUCAUGUUUUUUAAAAGCAAAGCUUAUAAUGAAGCAUCAGGCCCUCAGAUUGCUGACCGAUAAUUAUCACACACUGGUAGACAAAAGUGUGCAAAACAUCUGUUUGAGGAGACACCAGAGGCACAACAUUAAAGGGAAAACACAAGUUUUGACAUGAUGUAUAACUUGCCCAAUGGGAGUUUUCACUACAGGUGUGAAGCAUUUUAAAACCAAAUUGGUUUAUUAUCCCUAAUGUAGGGAGAGGCCACAUAAGUAAAUUAGGCUCAAAGCUAAAGAACAAUUCCCAUUGGAAUUUGCUCUUUGAAGAGGAUAAAUAUUAGUCUUGUCCAUUCUUUUAGGAUUUUUAUGUGUAUCAACUCACAUGAAGCUGUUUAAUUUUUAAAUCUUACUGCAAUGUUUUACCUUUGUACCUUAGCAUGUCUGCAAGUGAUAAAUCCAUCGACUAAUUUUUAAGCUUUUAUUUUACUUGCUUAUACACUUUUUUAUGCAACAGUAAAUCAGCAAUAAUGGAAAUUUGGCAAACACUGAUACUGUUUUUGUGCAAAAAUCUUGUUCUACUGAUAAUGCUUUACUGAAUGCUUGGCUCUAAUAUAAAUAUUAAAUAUAAAUGUAUAAAUAUAAGUACAGCCUACUGCAUUCUAUAAUGCAAGAUGUUUCCCUAGAAGAUAUUAGAUGGUAUUCUUUUGCAUUCAGAAUCUUGAAUGUCUCAGACUUUGUUUGCCUUUUAUAGCAAACUGCAUUGAUUUUUUUCCAUCUGAAAUUUCCCUGCAUUGCUUUGCACAUCCAUACGUAUGCAUUUGUGGCAAUAAUAUAUAUUGAGGAAUA